UCUCCCUUCUGCUUCCCUACCAUAGAGUUGCGCUGGAAACAGAAGAUAGAGGGAGUGUAGGAGCUCGCCAUCUCCAAGCGAUCUACAUUGGGAAAAACAUGGAGUCCGCUCCGGCAGCCCCCGAUCCAGCAGCCAGUGAGCCGGGCAGCAGCGUCUCCGAGGCGGCCGCCGGCGCCAGGGACACCCCGGUGAACCUGGAGCCUGCCCGGAAAAGCGAUGCGCCGGCUCCCGUCCGCAGGCAGAGCUACUCCAGCAGCAGCAGCAGAGGUAUUUCUGUAACAAAGAAGACUCAUACAUCUCAAAUUGAAAUUAUUCCAUGCAAGAUCUGUGGAGACAAAUCAUCAGGAAUCCAUUAUGGUGUCAUUACAUGUGAAGGCUGCAAGGGCUUUUUCAGAAGGAGUCAGCAAAGCAAUGCUACGUACUCCUGUCCUCGCCAGAAGAACUGUUUGAUUGACCGAACCAGUAGAAACCGCUGCCAACACUGUCGAUUACAGAAAUGCCUUGCUGUGGGGAUGUCUCGAGAUGCUGUAAAGUUUGGUCGAAUGUCAAAAAAGCAGAGGGACAGCCUGUACGCGGAGGUGCAGAAACAUCGAAUGCAGCAGCAGCAGCGAGAUCAUCAGCAGCAACCAGGAGAGGCAGAACCACUAACACCAACAUACAAUAUCACCACCAAUGGGUUAACAGAGCUACAUGAUGACCUCAGUAAUUACAUUGAUGGGCAUACCCCUGAAGGUAGCAAAGCAGACUCUGCAGUUAGCAGCUUCUACUUAGACAUACAGCCUUCUCCAGAUCAGUCGGGUCUUGAUAUUAAUGGAAUCAAACCAGAACCAAUAUGUGACUACACACCAGCAUCGGGCUUCUUCCCUUAUUGUUCUUUUACAAAUGGGGAGACCUCUCCAACUGUGUCCAUGGCAGAAUUAGAACACCUGGCACAGAACAUUUCCAAGUCGCACAUGGAAACUUGCCAGUACCUGCGGGAGGAGUUGCAGCAGAUCACAUGGCAGACCUUUCUGCAGGAGGAAAUAGAGAACUACCAGAACAAGCAAAGGGAGGUAAUGUGGCAGUUAUGCGCAGUCAAAAUAACAGAAGCUAUACAGUAUGUAGUGGAAUUUGCCAAACGCAUUGAUGGCUUUAUGGAACUGUGUCAAAACGAUCAAAUUGUGCUUUUAAAAGCAGGGUCUUUAGAGGUUGUGUUCAUCAGAAUGUGCCGUGCCUUUGACUCCCAGAACAACACAGUCUACUUUGAUGGCAAGUAUGCUAGCCCAGAGGUUUUCAAGUCCUUAGGUUGUGAAGACUUCAUUAGUUUUGUGUUUGAAUUUGGAAAAAGUUUAUGUUCUAUGCACCUGACGGAAGAUGAGAUAGCUUUGUUUUCUGCAUUUGUUUUAAUGUCAGCAGAUCGCUCAUGGCUUCAGGAGAAAGUAAAAAUUGAAAAACUCCAACAGAAGAUCCAGCUAGCACUUCAGCAUGUCCUACAGAAGAACCACCGAGAAGAUGGAAUUCUAACAAAGUUAAUAUGCAAAGUGUCUACUUUAAGAGCACUGUGUGGACGACAUACAGAAAAGCUUAUGGCAUUUAAAGCAAUAUACCCAGACAUUGUACGACUUCAUUUUCCUCCACUUUACAAGGAGUUGUUCACUUCAGAAUUUGAGCCAGCGAUGCAAAUUGAUGGGUAAACGUAUCACCUAAGCACUUCUAGAAUGUCCGAAGUACAAACAUUAAAACAAAAGAAAGGAAAAAAAAAAAAAAAAAAAAGAAAGAAAACCAAGACACUUUAUAUGGCCCUGCACAGACCUAGGGAGCCAACACACUGCACAUCUCUUGGUGGUCGGGGUCAGGCGAAGGAUGGGAAACAAUGAAACAAAGUUGAACUUGUUUUUCUCAUGCAUAUGAUUUCCAUUAUGCCUACAAAUAUGGACCCUUUUUCUGUCUCAACUUCUCAAUCCUUGACCUCUGUUUACACAGACUGAGGGUACUAAUGUCAGAAGGUUGUCUUCUCUUGUAGUUCACUGCCCAGACUUUUGACAGAACAAUCAAUUUGUUGAUCAGAACAGAGAGUCCACCUAGUAAUCAGCGACUGGUGUGCAUUGCAGAGAUUUCAGCAUCAGUUUGCACAACUUGCUCAUUGUUUCAUGAAGGACGAUUUUUUUCACCUACCACUGUUUGCCAGUAGACAGAACGGCAUGAAAAGGGUCCAUAGCAAUAGCAACAAUAGCAUUAUAAUAUAUUACAGGGUAAAUGGGCAUGAAGACUAUAUAUAGCAAAAGAGAUAUUGUUUAUAUAUUGUUUUAAUUAAUAUAAAAUGUAGUUACUGGUAUAGCUUUUCUUGUUGAAUUGAUAAGGCACUUUCAUUUUGCACCUUUUUCUUUAAAUUAAAUGCUAGCGUGUUCAUUGUUGUGUUGCAUGUGCACCAGAAAUUCAAGUUUAACUGAAAAAGGUUUGGCAGGUACUGGUACAUUGGGAGGUAUUUAUGCUGCUGUUUUCCAUGUUACUUUUAAAGAGAGGCUGGUCAUAUCCUGAAAUGGUUACAGUGGUUUGUUUUUUUUUAAAGAGUUGAAAAUUAUGACAAUUUUCUAAAUUAAAAUCAGCUUUUCAGCUGUUAAAUGCAAGGGUACUUUUUAUUUUCAAAUCUUUCAAACCUGGAUGUUUAAAAUUACAUGCCUAAAUUCAAAUUUAGGUGCACAAGUCAAAAGCCUCAUUUUCAAAGGUGCUGAGUUUCCGUGGUCAAAGUUAAACUAAGCAAUUACAGAUCGUUUACAAAUGAGUAACACAGCAUCCUUGAAAAUCAGGCUAUUAAAUAACAUGUCUUUCUGCCCACUGUAAAUCCAGGUUUGAAGAUAUUUACUCAAGUCUAUAUCUACAGUAAAAGUAUGUGUGUAUGACAUGUAUGUUGAAAAGUAAUUUUUAUACAUAAUAUUACAUACUUUUGUACUCCAUAUCGUAAACAAUGCCUUCAAAUUCCAAACUCUAGCCUAUGAGACACCGACCCAUGUUCUUCCAGCAUCCGGCAGUUCAGUUUCAGGUAGCUGAACAGAGAAGUCCAUUGCUCUCCUUAUUUAAAAAGAUGCACUUUAAAGUUGAUGAGGACAGAGUAACGAAGUAAAGACACGCUGUUGCUAGAAAGCAUUCUUCUGUACUCUGUAUAAUGCCUGGAAAUCAUUAAUACGAUAAAUCUGCAUUCUGUAAUUCUGAAAUUGUGAUUCCCAUUUUGCAUAACUAACCAAUAAGCUGAAUCUCACAGUCUUUGUUAUUAUUAAUUACCAUUCCCUUUAGGAAGAACACUGUCUCAGAGCACAUUUAGCAAGUAAACCUAGUUCUGAAGGAAGCAGAUUCACGAUAAACAAUAUCACAAAAUAAACUCUGGCUGGCUGAGCCAGAGGUGCAUAAUUGGUCUGAAUGAGAUGAACAUGUAUAACCGAAUGCUAUGUAAGCCUACACAAAUGAAGUUUCUGAUGAAGUACAUAAGAAAAAGCCAGGAACUUUAAAAAAGAAAAAGGAAUGAGAUGGAAUGUGCUCCACUGCUUUAAUUUCCAAGGAUAAACAAUCUCUUACAUAUAUUAGAGUCGCUGAGAAGUAACAGAAUUGAAGAGAAGCACACCAAAGCCUAACUAUUUUAAAAAGGAAAAUUAGGUCAGUGGGUUAUUAUAAGCAAAACAGAGGUUUAUUCUGUGAUUUAAGUAUGUUUCCUCUGAGGUCAAAUUGAGACAUUUAGCUAUGACACCUAUUAAAAAUUCUGUAGUCUUCCCCAUCAGGGAAGUUACAGCUAUCACUGAUCUCUGUGGUUUGAAAGGAGGGGUAGAUGAGCAUCAUAUGUUUCACCUUCAAAGCAGUAAGCCCCUGGAGUAUGGGAGGAGAGCACCUGCACCUCUGUGAGCACUGGGAUGGAGGCAUGAGGGGGCUUUUGGAAAAAGCCCACAGAGCCAUCUUUUUACCGCUCCAUCCUGCCUGCUCCCGAAGUGGUGGCUCGCAGCCCAGCACAUGCUCUCUUUAGUCCUACUGAAACACUCUUCCUAGAAUCAUUGUUUACUUUAUUGGAGUAACUGGCAUGAUAUGGUACUUUCAUUCUAACGUGUGUUUCUAUUUUUAAAGCAACCCUUUUAACUAACAAAUGUUUUCCGAAUGUGACCAGCCUUAGGUGCUAGUCCUGUAAAGAUCAACUAAACUUAAUUUCAGUGUCAACUAAUGAAUAAUGAAGUAAGACCUGUACUUUUUUAGAGAGUGAGGUACAACUCCUACUUCUGACAAUAAGCAGACUACCAAGCAAAAUAUUUGGGGAUUAAUUUUCAGUCACAUCCUUUUCUUACCUUUUCCUGAUGAAUAUUAGUACUUUACCAGGCAUCUAGGUGCUGAUGGUUUUGUUUGGUAUCUAGUUCAGCAUAUUUACACCCAUAAGUCAUUGACAACACGGACUUUGGAGCAUUUACUAAUAAAAUACAGAACAAUAAAAAGGUUCCCUAUAGAGCCUUAGCUGAAAGCCCUUUGCAUCUGAAGACAGCUUGUGACGUGAACAUCCAGGCCAGAAAGUGCUAUCUUUUUUGUCCUGUGUACUCACACCUUGUUAAAUCAGGCUCUGCGUACAUACCCCAGGUAACUCAGCUUUCCCGAUUACAGUUAACAGCUGCUUGGCAGUAGAGUAUUGUUUUUGUGUUGCUCUUCAUGGAGAGGGGAAAAAAGGGGUACAGCAUGGCAGAUGUGCUGAUAAGACUUCUGUUGCCAAGGAGGCUUUUAUGAAAGGAGACACAGAAUAAUGUCAGUGGUGGCUGAGGGCAACGGCCAUACGCAUGUAAGAACCCAGCGCAGCAGAGGAAAUGCACUCUGCAGAACCUCUGGGACUAUGGCCUGGUAUCAGAUGAUCAACUGAAUAUUCAGUUAAAAAACAUACUGGGUGGGGGUCAAUGGAUAUUCACAUAAGUAUUUUCAUAAUCUGCCCUGUUCACUACAAACAAAAACAUGAGGAUAGGUGAAGAUAAAGGGGUAAUAUAUCCAUUUCAAAUGAUCUGUUCCUUAAAGUCUGCAAAGAGAUUGUCACUGGGUGUUCUGUCUAUCCACAAAGAUGUUUUCAGGCUUUCUAUGAAAAAGAUACUAUACUAUGCUGUCCUUUGAACACCCUAAUAUACUUCGACAUAGCCAGCAAAACUAUGGGAUUAGGUGGAAAGGGAGGCUGGUUUUAAGUUUGGUUGUUCUUUAUUAAAGCUUACCUAUCUUAGUAUGGAUACCAAGAUAUCUGUGCGUGUAUGUGCACCUGUGUGUGUGUGAGAGAGAGUACAUUUGUGUGCGCACAUGAAUAUAUGCGUGGGUACGUGUGAGUGGCUGCUUCUAGGCUGUUAAGUGUCAAUGGAAUAAAGAAAAUGUAUUCAAAAUACUUAAGUCAAAAAUAGAAGGUGGAAAAAAGAAUUUAUUCUAUACAAAGCCUUGUCUGGACCACUUUAGAGAGACUUCUAUUUUUUUAACCCUUCUAUAAAUGUUUGAUGGCACUUGAAAUAUUCCUGCAAUAAAAUGUGAUUUGUGUAAACAUUAAAAAAAAAAAGAUUUUGUAAUGUGAAACAAUGAAAGAAAGUAAUGUAAUUUUUCUAAAAAACAAAAAAAAAAACAAACGAACGAACUUUGUAUUAUUUUCUUGAUGGAAUUUGUCUAUUUGUCUUUGGAAAACUUUUUAUUUCAUUGAAUGUGCCAUAGUAGAGGUGUGUUUUUCUUUUUCUUUCCUUUUUUUUUUUUUUUUUUACAUUUUUAGAUUAAAGGAAUAGCUGUGUUCCGACAUUCCAAAAUGCAAGAUGACAUAGCAGUCAUGAUUAAAAGGUUUGAUUAGUAAGCUUCAAUCAUUGUUGCUUUUUUUGCACAUGUUCUUCAUUCCUCUACAGUGCAAUAUGUACAUAGAGCACUUGCGGGUGUAACCUUGAUCCCUCAGGGAAAAAUACAUAUUUGUACAGGAUUUUUCUUUUUUUCUUUCUUUUUCUUUUUUUUUUUCUCUUUUUUUUUUUUUUUUUUUGCUAAGGAAUGUCGAUUGAAUCACUUGUCUGUUGUUGAGGGGCAGCCAGAUAAUAAUCCUAAACCACUGUCACAAAACAUUGAUUGUUUAAAUUUUGUGCCCUUUUAUUAUUUAAAAACAAAAAAUAAAAGUUAUUUUCUGACAGUUCAUUGUGCUGAUUGGUGAAAAAAAGGGUAAAUAGAUAAGCACCUUAUGAUUGACUUAACUGUGAAUGACAAUCCAUCUCGUUGCCAACAACAGAAGCCCUAUCAUUUUGGAGCUGGGGUUAAGAGUCAGAAACUAAUGUGCUCAGGGAUCUUCUAAAACUCUUCAACAGGGUGGCCAGUACUACUGGUGGAACAAAUUACUUUUAAAAAAAUAUGCUAGUAUUUCUUCCCUUCCCCCUCCCCCCAAGGCACAAGAGAACUGGAUAUUAUUUUUACCUAAGUGCUCUAGGUGUGCCUCAUUCUUGUACUCAGUUUUUGCAGUAUAGCUGCUCUUUGGUCUUUAUUUUGUUCAAAACAAAAGUACUCCGAACAGUGCAAAGGUUUUGCAAUUGUGUUUUAGAAAAUAAAUUCAUGCUGACUCAUUAAAUAAAUUAUUUAAAGUACUUUCAAUACCCUCUGGACACUUUUAUAAUGAUAGGACUAUUUUUCCCGCUGAAUUUCAGUGUUUUGCAAUAGAAAAUGGGUUUACAGUAUUUAAAUUAUUGUCAAAGGGAACAAAUCAGGUUAUGGUAGUACAGUAAGCAUGGAAAGGUAAUGAUUAGGUUUUGGCAAUGAAGUCACAUAGAAAAGAACAUAGAUCCGCAGGAAUACAAGAACAACGUUUCAGACAUUGUCUGUCAUUGUUGCGUUUGCUUCAUGGUAAAGCAAAAAAACCUGACUGGAAAGAAACACUGAGGUUGAAGACAUUGUCACAUCUAGUACAUCAAAUACAGCAAUUCCAAGUGAUGACAAUAGCACCAAAACACAGCAAUGUCUAGAAAGUGUCCAAGUGCCAAACUGUAGAAUUCUAGAAGCCUGAUCCAAUAUUUUACCUGAAAAAGCAGGUAGAAAAGUACAAACAAAAUGAGCAAGAUUUCGAGACUUUGGGUAGACUGGGAAAAGAGUGAAUUUCUCCACCAAACAUGUCUGCUUGCAAAAAGCAUCAAUUCUCCAAUAUUUUAAGUUAUUGAGGGGUUUUUCACUGGGUACAUGGCUUCCAGUUGUUUACUUCAGGUUGCUUAAUAAAUAGGGAAAGCUUUCUUACAGUUUUACAAGCUGACAGUCCAGUUUAGCUUGGAAUGGCCUUCCAAGGCAGGCAACUGCUUAGCAAGUACGACCUCUUGAUCAGUUGAUGUUCUGGCAUCUUCAGUAGAAGAAAAUUCCUAUUGCUGAUUCACAAUAGAACAUAUUCUUUACACACUUGCCUAACAAUUAAACAUACUGUUAAUAUGUACAAUCUGUAAGAUGUUUCAACUACGUAGUGUGGUGAUCCAAAUAUUACAGUAUCUUUUUUUGGAUUGGCAUACGUUCCUCAGUCUGUACUUGAUGAACAAAAGAGGUUGCACAGUGUAAGCUGUGUAAACGACGUGUAUUCUUUUUCUCUACACAUUCCUAAACUCCCUAAUGUAGAUAAACUUCUUAAUAUAAAAGUCAGAAACAGCAUUUACUAUCCAAUAUCCAAAAAUAAUAAGAAUUUUCUCUUUGAGUAUUCAGUAUGUGAAAUUCUAUAUGUGCUAGCUGUUUCAGAUUGCACAGAACACCUUUAUUUUCCUUAGCUGGAGAAAUAUAACUAUUAGAAUUAUUUUUUAAUUACUAAUGCUAAUAUUUAUUACUUUAAAAGUUUCAUCCAUGAAUAUAUUUGAAUAUUAGUGUCCUAUUUUCUUUAUGCUUAAAUAUUCCUUCCAGUAAAUCAUUUGGUGGAAAUGAGGGCAAAUGCAUACAGAUACCAAAUAAAACAACAAAAAGAAAAGUUUUAAAAUUUAAAUGAGUAUUUAUUUAAAAAAUCAUUGCAGUAUGUGCUUUAAUCCUAGUACUGUGAUAAUAGCUCACUAAAUAAUGCUAAGUCACUGGACUUGAGGGGAAAAUAUGUAAUGUUUAGGACAAUAUACAGUCUAUCUUUGGAACUUUAUUCAGGUACUAAAUAGAAUUUGAACAUCAAAAUAAAGCUGUAUUCUACCUUUUCCAUAUGUAAUGUUGCUUUUUUAUAUUUUUUUUUUGCCUUUAUCAUUGGUAGAAUAUAGCAAUAACUUUAUAGCAAUAAGUAGGCUAUCCAAAUAAGAAGCAAAACAUGAUAAAGGCUUCAGAUCAAUACUCACAGGUUCAUUUCUUCUGCCACAAUAUUCACUUGUACGUCUUCCCUCAUAAUCUCAUCAUUUCUUCAAGCUGAACUUCACAAUCAAGUUGUUCAGCUUGUGUGACAUCACACCUUUUUCUUAACAUUUGCAUGUUUUUGGUGUUCAUAUGUCCUUUGUAUACUUGUUUUCCUGUAAGUCAGUGUUUCUCAAGGUUUCUGAAAGCACAAUCUCUCUUGGCUAUAUUUCUCUGUAGGGCUCCAUGUGUUGGAAUGACCUUACUUUUUCUGGGGCAGGGAGUGCAAACCAGCUGUAAUUACUGGCGGCAUUCGGUAACUGAAGGAACUGGGCUGCUGCUGGUACUUGGGAACUCCAUGGCGAGCGCAAAUGCUUGCAGCCAACAGCCAGCUCUUCCAGCUCCUCCACACUGUGGGGGCUGAGCUGCAACCACUAAGUGGGACGAGUUUCCUGGCCGGCGUGCUCGUCUACACUCGCUCUGUACUAGAGAGCCAAGCUACAUUUGCUCGGUACAGCAUUUUGAUAGGAAUCUAAACACUUUGGCAUCUUUCAAAUGUUUGUGACUUUCAGUUUGAGAAACACUACCCUAAAUUACCCCACAAAGUCUUAAUGUAGAUGCACAAACUUUACAGGAACUUGCAAUCUGUAACGCUAUCUAUAUCUAAUGCAGAGAAUUCAUAAGCAAUACAGUGAAUUUUAUUUCACAAAAAGGCAUACGUACUGUACACCUUUCUAAAUCCAAAAGUUCCUCAUUUCUACAUUGAUUUAGAAACAAGUUACAGAACAGUGGUGAAUAAUUGAACUAUUAGGACAUUAACUGGCUGCUUCUAUAUAUGUAACUGUACUGUCUGCCUGCUCCUUUUCUGGAGAUGUGUUUUUGUAUUGGAUGUUUGGGCCAAUGGGAGGCUUCAAGCUACAAUGUAUUUUCCCAGAUUAAAUAUAUUUAACAUACGACAAACCCCAGACAAGGCUUUUUAAAAUGUAUAAAGAACUGCAGUGUUAGGUGGUUUAUUUGCAAACUGUUUUCAAUGUUGUCCAUUUUUAUGGCACCUUUAACAAUAUUCUUGUUUCCAAAGUACAAAAAAAAAGGUUAAAAAUACUCUAGCCAUAACUGAAUGUCAAGCAAUAAAAACAAAUGACUUUUUGUGCAUAGAUUUAAAAGAAAUACAAGUUUUAGACAUCUGCAUGUAAAUGCAAUCUCUUGUUUACCGCUUUCUUAAACUUGAGCAACUGAUUCCUUAUUUUACUACUAAUUUAAGGACUUGUAAUGGCCUGUAAACAUUUUAUCUUGCUCUAUUCUUUCAACUCUAACUUUGUCUCUGCUUUGGAGUCAUAAUAUUUAAUGUUGUUCUGCUCACCUCUAUACAGUUAACUUUUUGCUUUCAUUCUGUAUAGAUAAACUUAUACUAUAAACAGCCUACACAGUGCAAAUAUUUAUCUGUUUAUCAAAUACCACAUUAUGCUGUAUAAUAUCUGUUUUACUAUAUAAUCUAUUUUAGACAUAGCUGUUUAGAACUAGAGUGUGCUAUUUUUGUGUUUUUCUGAUGUGUGGUGCUAGAUAAGUUACUUUUGUGAACAAAAGCAAACAAACCCCUUUUAUUCCUAGACAAUACCACCUUUGGGUCUUGUUAAUUUCACUGAGUAUAACUAUAUAUAAAUAUAUAUAUAUUUGUGUAUAUAUAUAUAUACACCAACAUAUGCCCAACAAGUACCUGUAUCAGAGUACAAGAUUUGGGACAUGGUUUUCUCUUUAAAUGCAUAGUGUCAUUAUAUAAAUUAUUCUAUAGUAUAUUUAAUAAGGAGAAAAUUACUUCACCGGUACAGAUACUUGAUAUCAAAUGUAGAAUUUUUUUCUACAUUAUUAACAUUAUUAAUUAUUAACGUUAUUAAAAAUGUUCUGUCCAGCUUGUUAUCCUUUUGGUUACUAAAACAGUCUGCCUGUAUUGUAUCAGAAAAAAGAAAAACAUCUAAUCUGCCAGUAUAAAGUAAUUACAAUAUGCUGUCUGUCUGAAAGGGAGGUAGCUAUUUGGCUUGUUGGGAGAGUUCUAUCCUGUCAUUGCAUCUGAUAUUUAUAGAUGUUAUUCUGCUGGGUGCCUUCCUCCCUCUUCACUUUAAAUAGGAUCUGUACACACUCAAACUGCGGAUGUUACUAGGCCACACCUACACACUUAACUCCAGUUACUGUAAAUACGAAUUUUCUGUAAAUUUUCCAUGAUUGAUUGAUGGCUAAAUUCAGCCCUUGGAUAUGCUUUAUAAAUCAUGCAUACAUAUCCAAGGACAGCCAUUAGCGACUAAAGUUAAUUAAGAAGUGGAAUUUGCAAUGUUUUGUCAGGUCUGGGGGUUUUGUUUUUAUUUUUCAUGUAUACCUUAAUUUACGUAGUCAUGUACCCUUAAAAGUUUUCCUAUCCCCUGUUCCUUCAUUCUAGAUAAUUGUUUUCAUGUUAAUUCUUAAAAACUGAUGGAUAUCAAAUAUCUAACUAAGGAGGUAAUUAACCUUUUAAAUAUUUAUUAGAAUUUUUCUGUAAUAUUACUGAAUUUAUAAGAUCUUUAGCAAAGAUUUUUGAGCAAUUUAUUAAAUACAAUGUUUCUGUUUACUGCACUUUUUGAUAAUAGAAGGUAGUGAAUUUUAAAGCCAUGGUUCUUGGCUUCCAUGCACUGCUUUUAUACCCUCAAUCCAAGGAAUAUAUAUAUAUAAAUAAUUUUUUUUAAACAGCAAACAUACUGUUGUCCUAAAAAUAAAUACAAACUUUACUGCACCGUGGGUAUAUUUUCAUAAGUGGAAUGUUUUAACUGCAAACACUAUCAGGACAAUUAUAAAAACCUCUUGAAGCUACAAUCUUAUUUAAAUAUAAGCCAUGACAAUUUUAUUUUCCCUUGUUGAUUUAAGUCACCUUUUGAUAUUUUCAAAGAGAAAAGGACUCGCUCUUAAAUUUGUAUGUACCAACAUAAUACCAGGAACACGUUCUCCCUGUUGUUUUAAUAGUUUGAUAUAUUUAUGCAAAAUCAUUUGGUUAACGUAUAUUCUCCCUGUUUACUAAAUGUUCAACGUAACAAGACCAGAAUAAAUGCUGAUUACAAAUAAACAUCAGUUUGAAGAUUAAGCACAUAAGACUUCAAAAAACCUCGUUGAGUGAUACGCUCAAAUUUCUGUAAAUACACACAAGUUUAAAUGCAAUUAUACUGUACAUGUAAAUAUAUGCUGUCUGUUAUGUGUACAGUAUGUAUAAAUUCCUUUUCUAGCCACAAUAAAUCGUAAGCCAUCAAGAGGAAUACUAAAGUAGUAUUGUACUAAACCUUUGCUAAUGAUCUUUACCCAAUCACUUUUCACUUUCAUGGACCUUUCCAACUCACUCUUACGAUAGCCUGCUUAUAUUCAAGUUUGUUAUUUUACUCAGUCCCGAAAAAAAGUAUUUUGAUUCAUUUUGUAAAUAUGACUGUAAAAAUAAGAGAUUUAAUGUUGUCUUUUAAAUACUCCAAUUUUCAUUCUAAUAUGAAUGUUGUUAUAUUGUACUUAGAAACUGUACCUUUAAUAUUACAUUACCUUUAUUAAGUGCAUUGAACACAUCGAUUUUAGAUGUGCUUUAUGUACUGUUAUCCUGUAAUAAAACUUCAGCUUCUAAUGGAAAAA